AAGCACUAUUAUUCCCAGCAGUGAAUACCAUUUACAGUCCAAUGGAAAAGCUAUCAUUUCUAUUUCUCAUUAUAUUAAACUGUGGCAUUGGCUGGAGUAUUGAAGGAUGCAGGUUUUGUUAUACCAAGCUACCCAAUGCUACACUUGGAUGUGAUCCUUAUUUAUCAGUUAAUAGGUCUAUUUCUUUAAUAUGUGCCAUUGAGAGACCUGAUUCUGCUAGUCUUGAUAUUAAGUGGUUUUUCCAAGGUUCUGACUCCACAAAUGCAACACAAAUCAGUUCAGAUUCAAAUCACACAAUUACAGUCAACAGUACAGAAACCUCACACCAAUCGGUAAUGGCCCAGUCCACGCUUACUAUUACACCAUUCUCUGUUGGACAGUAUUGGUGUCAAGCAUUUAAUGGUAGCAAUGGUUUGGGAAAGAUUCAAAGAUUGGAGAUUUUUGAUGAUUAUGAAAGAUUAGAUCUAGAACCCUGUACUGUUCCAAUAGCUGAGUCUGUGCAUAAGUGCAAUGAUAUAAUUGAAAAUGGUGACUUUUAUUCUGUCUGUCCUAUUUUAUCAGUUAGUAGUAGUAGCAGCAUUUUAACUACUUCAACGGCUUAUAUUGAAAGCACUACUAGUUUAUUAUAUUUGUCAUCAUUGACUUUUAGUUCUAGUGUAUUUGAUGAUAUGCCUCCUUUAAGUACUGUAUUUUUAUCAUCAAGUACUACAUACACAGUGAAAACAUCAUCAUACUUAGUAAAUCCACCUCCAUCAAAUUUACCUAUUGAUCCAAAGCCAAGAGGUUCUUUUCACAUAUGGGUCUACGUGCUAGGAGGACUGAUUGGAGUUCUUGUUAUUCUUAUAAUAGUGCUCUCUCUCAUCUGUAUCGGAUUAUGCCUGACGAAACCAAAAGGGAAACACACAGCAGAUAGACGACAAAGGACAAAUGAUCACUGCACUAGAAGGGAGUCAGAAGAGAUUACUAAUAUGCAGCGUCCACCAACUGCAAUGACUGAUUUAAUACCGUUGAGCCCAUUACCACGCGAACUGGACAACCCAUCUUCACUUUACGAUGCACUGGAUCAAGAUUAUGAAGACUUAGAUGAACAAAAUGAUACAGACUUGGCUACAAAGCCACCGGCUCGAUAUCACGAACAAGGACCAUCUAUUGGAACAAGUACUAUCUUACGCUCUCAUCCUCCUCUCCAACAAACUUACUCUGAAAUUGGAGCUGUAGGAGAAUCUACACAUCCACCACAUCUUCCUUCUUUGACUGGUUACGGGAAACUGGAUCACUCACGACCGCGACAAAACUAUUAUCCAAAAAAGGACUCGCCGCUUUUGUCUGGCUAUCGUAAAUUAGAACAUGUGCAGAAUGAGUUCAGAGCCACUACACUACCCCAGCAGUCUGGCUAUGCUAAUAUUGAUGUUCCUGGGACUGUACAAGGGGGACACAUGCGAUCAAUAUCCUUACCUAACAGCGAAUAUAGCAAUUUGAAUCAGUCUCGAAGUAGCUCCGAGCCUAAUACCCCUUUUUGUGAACGGCCUAUGAGAAAGCGUUAUGCUAAUUUUGAAAUAAUAGAAGCGAAUAGUAUUGAUGGAAUGGAUGAUACAAGAGAGUCGUCUGAUGACUACCAUAUGCUGUCUGAUGCCACUGCUGAGCAAGUACAAGAAGAGUAUGAGUAUCUCCCUUCGUGUGACGAUGAACUACACGAUUUGGAACGUAGUCCUGAAGGAUUGCAUCUUUCCUUGGGAAAAGAGCAUAUUCAUAAUCAGCUCCUUGGUUCUCUUAGUAAGGAUCCGUUAGCUGAGAAGAUAUCUGUUGCAUCUUCUCAAAGUAGUGCCGAUUUUACUGGGCCGUUCUUUUUUCCUCAUAUGGCGACACAGUUUGAUGAAGCAAUAAGUCCAGACAGCAGUGAUGCUCAUCAUUUGUAUAAACCACUAGAUGUAUCUACAAUGGACCCAGAGAAAAGCUACGCUAUGAUCAGUGUCCAAAAACUCGGACCAACUAACCACUAAGCUAUAUAUUGUGAGUGCUUUUAGCAAUUAUUAUUAAUUUGUAGCAUAUUUCAGUUUUGUUAUCAUUUUUUGUAUUUUAAUCCGCCUUUGUUUUAUUAAAUUAAAUUAGAGAAAUUACAAAUAAUGAUAUCUAUUUAAUUCAAUUUAGUGUGCAA